UUUCAUUACAAGGAAACCACAAUCAAGUCCUUUAGCAGUACCUUUUAGUAUUUAAAGAAUCGCUAGUUCAUUCACUCACUCCCAACGAUUGCAAUGAAUUUAAUUGAAAGUAGAAAUGCCCCCCAGAACGUUAAUCACAUUUAUGAUGGGGACAGAUUCGAGGACCUAGAGAUAGAAAAUUCCGAAGAUGUGUUGCGUGGAAUCGACAAUAUCCUAGAAAAUUACAAAAUAAUUAUAGUGAAUCCGCCUCGGAGAGAAAAAAAACUCCUGGUUGUGGAUGUAGAUUACACUUUAACGUGCCACGACGGAACUCCCAGGGAUUUCGUAGACGAAAUGUUCACCAGUGUCUACGAGCACUAUGACAUCGUUCUGUGGACGGCUAGCACUCGGGACUUCCUGGAGAGCAGAAUUAAAAUAAUGAAACUCCAGGAAAAUGUCAAUUUCAAAAUCGCCUUCUGUCUGGAGGGAGAGGCGAUGGUUCCCGUUUUCAGUUGGAAGUUCGAUGACUACAUUUACGUCAAGGCGUUGGACCUCAUUUGGAAAAAGUUCCCGAGGUAUUCUGUGAAGAACACGAUAAUAUUUGAUGACAACUGGAGAAAUUACGCCCUCAACAAGACCUGCGGUCUAAGCACCGCAAGGUAUCGAGAAGUUUCAUGUUCAACUGUGAGGAGUGAAUUGUUGAGAGUUGCUGAGUACUUGAAAAUCAUCUCCAGGCUCAUCAAUCUGGAUAUAUUCGAUCACAACCACUGGACGUCGAAUCAUCUCAACAUCAGCAGACGGGGCAUCAAGUUCUUCGAGAGAGCGAUCAAAACCGAAGAUGAAACCACUAUGAGUGCUCUCUCUCCAGUUCCUCAAAUAGUCUUACAUCUUCUGUCAGCAAUCGAUCUUCCGGAUUUGCCCUAUCAAAGAAGAGAGGGUCAUACUUCCCAGAAAAUUUCGAAAACUCUGACAUUUGUGGAAAAAGACAAGACUAAAAAUGAAAUCGAAAAGGUCGACCUGGUAAGCCCGGAGGUCUACAGUGCUGAGAUGACGAAAAACUUAGCAAGGCAUGAAAUCAAACUUUUGAACCCCUGGAGAGAUGGAAAAAAACUUCUGGUGUUAGACCUCGGUUACACCCUCUGCGACCCGGAGUUUCCAUCCUUUCCCUCCGUCAAAGCAAGGCGCCCGCAUUUAUCUCAAUUAUUAACCCGAGCAUAUCGGUAUUACGAUAUCGUUAUCUGGUCUGAUAUGAGUGUAGAAGAUUCAUCAGAGGCCCUGGGGAAAAUGGGGAUAAUUAAUGACGAUAAUUACAGAAUCGCCCUUCACUUGACAGUCCGAGAGAUGAUCGUAGUGAAGACUGUCCAGUAUGGAUCUGGAAUUCUGAAGCCUCUGGAGUUCAUCUGGAGGAAGUUCCCAUGGUUUUCGUCUCGGAAUACGGUAAUAAUAGACGAUAACAGGUGGUACUUCGCGAUGAAUUAUCAGUCCGGGUGUGAAGUAAAGCCCUACAAGGUGAGAAACGAAAAUUUAGACGUGGAAUUGGAAUUCCUUGCGAGCUAUUUAGAGUGGAUCGCAUUCUUCGAGGAUUUUGAAAAUCUCAACCACGAGAAUUGGCGAUGUCCGAAGAAAGUAUUUAUAGAUAAGAAAAAAAGAAUCGUCCAGAAACGGUUUCGGGUGGAGAUCGAGUGGCCUCUCAAUAAAUUGAGAUUCGUCAACGUUCCAGCUGACGUCACUGUUGGAGAACUCAAAUAUUUUAUUCACGAGACUAUUGGGAUUGAGCUGGAACAACAAGUUCUGCUUUUUAAUGUUCCUCCUGGGUACAUAUAUGAGGGUGGGGGACUUUCUAAGAGAGAUGCCGUGGUUUUUGACUCUUGUAGGUGGGAAGAAAUUCUGGAGAAAAGCCGCGCUGGACUGAAGGUCGUUGGAAAAGAUCGAUCCCUCCCGAUAAAAACCAAGAACAGGCAAUCUCUGUAAUGUCCAACAUGACAAUUUUCAAUCCUUCAGCGAUUCUAGGAGAAGCAUUGGCGUUUGCCAAAAUUUUCCAGAGUUCCACUCAGAAUUUAUUAAAAUAUUAAUGGAAAGCGCUGCAAUGUUAUACUGAAUUUGACGCGUCAUGAUCAUACAUGAAUUAUGACGUUAACAUGACCUCCCGAUAAAUACAUUCAGAAGUCAAGUCACUCCUCAUCACAACAAAUGAUAGCACAGUUAUGAUCCGAUUAUCUCACCCAGUAACCGAGGAAACUUUUCAUGGAUUGGAUCAACUGAGGGAAUUGUUCCUGAAUCAUAAUCGAGUGUUGGGUAUUCGGAAGGAUGUGUUUAAUUCCUUGAGGCACCUCACAAGACUCGAUCUCAGCCACAACGAGAUAAUUAGCAUCGAGGAAAGAGCUUUUGCAGGACUUUCGUUGGCAUUUCUGAAUUUAAAAAAUAAUAAAUUAAUGGUGAUUUCUACAGGAGCCUUCUGUGAGGCUUCGCUAUCCGAAUUGAAUUUAUCUCAUAAUGGUAUCAAGGAAGUUGAAGAGAACUCUUUCAGUCACACAAAAGUUGAGUUAAUUUUUUUUAAGGGUAAUCAAGUGGUUGUGAAUGCAUCUAUAUGGGGACUCUCCCAGGAAACUGGUGUUCGUGUCGAUGAUGAUUGAAAGUUCAGAGGCAUUAGAUAUAUUAGAUACUAAAUGUAUUAAAGUUUCCAUGAAAUAAAUCAUAAUCAAUGACAAUUGGCUAUUGAAUUAUA